UCCCUCACUUCCUUCAUGAGCUGGCUCUCUCCGUUUCUUCUCUUCCGCCUCGGAUCACUCCCUCAGUCCCCCCUGUAUCGCUCGCUCCCCCUCUCAGGGAUUCAGUCAAACACCCGCCCCAUGUCGAAUCCCAAGAUUUCAGCAACCGUUAAGAAAAUAUAUUUUUGAAUUCUCAGCAACCGUUCGAUCAUUUUUCUCGAACUUUCUCGUCGUUUCUCGCGGUGGUUUGUUGCGGGGAGGAGAGAGAGAAAGAGGGAGAGUGGCGGCGCGCAUUUCAGCACUUGCUGUAUGUCAGUAGACUGUAUAGAGACCUACUUAGGUGGAAUUGGUGAGCUCGCGAACCCCUUGCAAUGGCCUCAGCUUCGAAAAAAACGACGCCUUCCUGUUGCUUCCGCCCCGAUUCGGCGGCUCUCGUUCCGCGCGAGGCGGCGCCGGCGGCGCAGACUUCUUCCAACGCCGUUGUAUCGGCCUCCGCCGUGCAAGAUUGGACUGGCGUCACCGGCGCCGAGGAUCGGCGCGAUGAUCAGCGCCCCAAGAAGAUCGCAAUGGCGGCCUUGAUUCCUGAACCUUCUGCCAAUGCCUCCACUACAGGCAUCUCAAUCAUGCUUAGGCCUCAAACAAGGCAUCCAUUGGACCCUUUAUCUGCUGCUGAAAUCUCUGUGGCAGUGGCAACUGUCAGGGCAGCUGGAGCGACACCCGAGGUUAGAGAUAGUAUGCGUUUUGUUGAAGUGGUUCUACUGGAACCAGAUAAGCACGUUGUUGCACUAGCGGAUGCAUACUUUUUUCCACCUUUCCAACCAUCAUUACUUCCCAGAACCAAAGGUGGACCUAUAAUCCCAACCAAGCUUCCCCCUCGGCGAGCUCGACUUGUUGUUUACAACAAGAAGUCAAAUGAGACGAGCACAUGGAUUGUUGAGCUGUCCGAAGUACAUGCAGCUACUCGAGGUGGACAUCACAGAGGAAAAGUAAUAUCAUCGGAAGUUGUUCCAGAUGUUCAGCCUCCCAUGGAUGCUGUGGAAUAUGCAGAAUGUGAAGCAGUUGUGAAAGACUUUCCUCCAUUUAGAGAAGCUAUGAAGAAGAGAGGUAUUGAAGACAUGGACCUCGUGAUGGUUGAUGCCUGGUGUGUUGGCUAUCAUAGUGAGGCUGAUGCUCCUAGCCAAAGACUUGCUAAACCAUUGAUAUUCUGUAGAACUGAGAGUGACUGCCCAAUGGAAAAUGGUUACGCACGCCCAGUUGAGGGCAUCUAUAUUCUUGUUGAUAUGCAAAACAUGGUGGUGAUAAAGUUUGAAGACCGUAAGCUUGUUCCCCUACCUCCAGCUGAUCCAUUGAGGAACUAUACUCCUGGAGAAACAAGAGGUGGUGUUGAUCGAAGUGAUGUGAAGCCUUUACAAAUUAUUCAGCCUGAAGGUCCAAGCUUUCGUGUUAAUGGGUACUUUGUGGAGUGGCAGAAGUGGAAUUUUCGUAUUGGAUUCACUCCCAGGGAGGGACUGGUUAUAUAUUCUGUGGCAUAUGUUGACGGCAAUAGAGGUCGAAGGCCUGUAGCCCAUAGGUUGAGUUUUGUGGAAAUGGUGGUGCCAUAUGGAGAUCCUAAUGAUCCACAUUAUAGAAAAAAUGCUUUUGAUGCCGGGGAAGAUGGCCUUGGUAAAAAUGCACAUUCCCUAAAGAAGGGGUGUGAUUGUUUGGGCUUAAUCAAAUACUUUGAUGCACACUUUACAAAUUUCACUGGAGGUGUUGAAACUAUCGAAAAUUGUGUAUGUUUGCACGAAGAAGAUCAUGGAAUUCUGUGGAAGCAUCAGGACUGGAGAACAGGCUUAGCAGAAGUGCGCAGGUCAAGAAGGCUAACAGUGUCAUUUAUAUGUACUGUGGCUAAUUAUGAGUACGGGUUCUUCUGGCACUUUUAUCAGGAUGGAAAAAUUGAAGCUGAAGUUAAACUUACAGGAGUUCUCAGCUUGGGGGCACUACAACCUGGAGAAGUUAGAAAAUAUGGAACUGUGAUUGCACCUGGGCUAUAUGCACCAGUCCAUCAACACUUUUUUGUUGCUCGUAUGGAUAUGGCUGUUGAUUGCAAGCCUGGGGAAACUUUCAAUCAGGUUGUGGAGAUGGAUGUUAAGGUUGAGAAACCUGGAGAGAAUAAUGUCCACAGCAAUGCAUUUUAUGCUGAGGAGACACUUCUCAGGACUGAAUCAGAGGCAAUGCGUGACUGUAAUCCUUUGACGGCUCGCCAUUGGAUUGUACGGAACACACGAACUGUUAAUAGGACUGGACAGUUAACAGGCUACAAGCUUGUACCGGGUUCAAACUGUUUGCCAUUAGCUGGUCCCGAGGCCAAGUUUUUGCGAAGAGCAGCUUUCCUGAAGCAUAAUCUAUGGGUUACACAAUAUUCUCGUGAUGAAAUGUUUCCCGGAGGAGAGUUUCCAAAUCAAAAUCCACGUGCUGGUGAAGGAUUGGCCACUUGGGUUAAGAAAAAUCGAUCUCUGGAAGAAACUGACAUUGUUCUUUGGUAUGUAUUCGGAAUCACACACGUACCACGGUUGGAAGACUGGCCUGUCAUGCCGGUGGAGCGCAUCGGAUUUAUGCUCAUGCCUCACGGAUUCUUCAACGCCUCUCCGGCAGUGGAUGUUCCACCAAGUGCAUGUGAGUUGGAAGCCAAGGAAAAUGAUGUCAAAGACAGCGGAGUAGCCAAGCCCAUUCAGAACGGGUUGCUAGCAAAGCUCUGAAAAAACAUGUUUUCUUGUUUGCAUUAUCUUUUAGUAUGAUCGAGCUACACGCAAGGAUUACUAAAUCUUAUCUUUCACAAAUGAAACUGUGUUCUUUUGUUUUGGUGUGAAUUACGGGUGCCCGUUGGUUUGGAAAUUCCAAUCCGGACCGAAAAUUUCUGUUCCGGGUAUGAAUAUUUCGAUUUCCAAAAUUUCCGAAAAAUUUGGAUUGUAAUAGGAACGUGCUUAUCUGAUUCAAAAUUUCUCAAAACUAAAUACUACAAAAUAAAAUUAUGCAUAAUCUUA